AACACGGAAGUUAGUGGAAGAUUGUGUUUGUGUUGUGAACUGAAAAACAAAAGAAAAAAAAAAAUCAGUUGAAGAAAUUCGUGUCACGUAUAAAGCGUCAACGAGCUGAUAAUUUGUUUGGGGUUUGAGUAGUAAUGGAGGUGAAGUGGUCGGAGAGAGUGUCUGCUUUCCUCCGCAGCCCGUCGGAUUUUCUUUGCGAGACUCAGCCGGAGGUUUUCCUCUCAGAGCUGCUGCGGGAGCUGCGAGACGACAGAGCCAGCAACAGCGUCAAGGUUCUGCUGCUGUCCCCACUGUGUGAGUAUCCAGCACUGCUGUGUCCCUCUGACUCUGUGGCUGAGGAGACGGCCCUGGAGCUCAUGUCUGUCUUUGCCCAGUGUCCUCCCAAGGCCACACAGUUUCGAUGUCACCUCCAGCUGGCUCUCACCACUGUGCUCAUCUGCACUUCCUGUGUGAACAACUUCUCCCGUGCAGCUCAGGAUUUUUUAGAGAUGCUUCUGCAGAUAGUCCAAGACACCAGUGAUCUCCACGGUGACGGUGCUCUGCGCGCAGUGCGGGCCACAGCUUGCGAUUGCCUCAGGGAGCUGGAAGCCUGCUGCCCCGGCCUCCUCGCCCAGCGCCUCGAGCUGUUGAGUGGACUUAGACAGCAAGAAAUCUCCAGGCUCCACCAGGCCUACACAGGACUCCAAACUCUGGUGUUAAGAAAUACUGUGUAUCUGCUCACGCAGGAGAACGGAGCUGGUACUGAGCAUCUGAAAGCUCUUCUGGGGGGAAAUUCAUUGUUUGCUUGGGAAGCGGAGCACGACCUGGGCCUGAUGAACAACAAGGACUCUGCUCUGCUCUCAUCCAUCGUCGUUAGCCCCAUGGGCACAGUGCCAGUCCUAAAUACUGGGCCAGACUGUAAGGAGCUGCGAUCUGUUCUGUCCUCCCUCUUGGAGGAGUCGUACCUCCUCACACCUCUGUGCCAGGCUGCACUCUUACACAGACUGAUCGAGGUGGUUGUCAUGGUGCCUGCAGUUCCUCCAGCCAUAUUCCGAACUCAGCUCCUGCGUCUGCUCGGCACCACGGAGGUUUGUCUCUUUCACGUAAUUCUGAUGAUGAAGUCGGCAUUCACAGACAGUUUGUUCAGUGCUGAAGAAGAAGCAUUCAUCCUCAAACGGCUGGUCAUGCUUUCCCAGCAUGCUCUGCUCAGUUCACCCGAGAAGCUGUUCUACAUGCAUUGUAUCUUGCACUUUCCUGAGAACCGGCCAAUCGACUUUAGCGAUGGUGAUGAGACCCUCCCUGUACUCCUGACUCCUCAGCUAGCGGCAGUCCUUGCGCCCACUGUCUUCAGUGACCACGCCACCAUGCUAGCCCGAUUCAACCUGUUGUCACUGGUCUCCCUGGAGGAGGGGGAGGAGGAGGGCAGGGGGCUGGUUUACCUCUACGAGCACCUCACCUCUCUGCUCCACAUCGUGGAAAAACGGGGUAGCUGGGAAAUGGUAGUCACCUUCUUUAGAUCGGUCUUCAUCUUUCUUUUGCACUUUGGCCACAUGGGGAGCUACUGCCACAGCCUGACCCAGAAGCUGUGUCGGCUCUACCUCGGACAACCCCUGCUGGCCCCGCACCUCAUCAACCUGUCAGACCAGGUCCAGGACAAGAUCUGUGAGUCCAGCUGGGCUGUGGAUCUCCUCAAAGGUUUGCAGAGAACCAUCACUGAGGCUCCACUUACCCAUGUCACUUUGCAAGACCUCAACUGGCACCUGAAGGUGUUGGGUCGAGUUGCGACAGAAGUGGAAAUCCCCCAGCACACCACCCUCAGGUUUCUGUCCGGCAUCAUCACGCCAUCUUCAUCCUCACUGUGCGUGAACGGAGACUGGCAUCUAGGGAACGGCAUGCUGGGGGUUUGCCGGAAACUUCUCAUACACCCCAGUCUGGACUCAAUCUUCAUCCCCCUGGCUGACAUCCUGCAGCAUCUCACCUGCCACUACGGAGACAUAGACAUCCAAGAUCACUCCCGCCUAUAUUACACGCUCCUCACCACUCUGUCCCCAGAGAAGCUGGCUGAAGUGUUGGCACAAGGUGCAGUGGAAGGUCAACUUGUCAAAAAGCGCACACUGUCGGCCAUUGUGGCAGAGAGUGAUGGCUUGUCUAGUGCUCUAACUGUCCAACAGACUGAUCGGCCAGUUUUUAAGCUGGUUGAGUGGCAUAUUUCCAAACCAAAACCAGACAAGGACGACGACCUAGAAGGGAAGCUUGACACAGGCACUAAGAUAAAUGAGACGGCGAUCAGUGCAGGCGAAACGAAUGCGAGCACAGCUUUGGAGGCUUACAGAGCUCAGUUUGAGAAUCCCGACUUUGCCUCAGAAAUAAACCUAGACUACCAGCUCAUACAUGCAAAGGUUCAUGACCCCGGCUUUGAUCAGGUCUUCAGCAUCCGGCUGCACUUCAGCCUCAAGAACAGCCACUUUAAGGAACUGAAUGAUAUCACUGUGCCAUGUCUGUUCAGGGAGAGCGCACCACCCAUGGUGACGCUAAGACUCACACCAAAGCAACCAUUCCCCAACAUCCUCCACGUCAGCGCCAUCUUCACCAGCCAAGACGGCCUCUCCUGGCACACCAACCUCCCAGAUGUCCAUGUGGCUUUUCAUCAAAUCUUCAUGCCUCUGCCUGCCCCACCCGCCUGGGGACAGCGUGACAAAUUGAGCUUGUUUGAGGAAUUAUGGGAAGAAAUCUGCUCCAGCGGUGAGAGAGAAGAUCCCUCUGAUUGCACUACCAGUCUGUUCUGUUGGCAGCUGAAGAAUGCAUCUCCAAGCGUCCUGGUGGAGAAACACUUUACUCCCUACCUCCUAUCAGACACGACUGAGGGAGAAUAUAAAGUGCUUCUCUUCCUUCCGCCACAUUCUCAUGUUCUGCUGAAGAUCAGGUCUGAGGAGGAAGCUGUGCACUUCCACAUCGCCACAGACAACUGGCAGCUUCUGCCUUACAUCAGUUCUUUUCUACUGAUGAGCACAUCUUCACUGCAGGACGUGAAGAGCUGACUGCAAUGAAUCCUGUUUUAGCCCAUGAUGGAACCAACACUGAAGUUGUUAAAUUACUGACAAAUUAAAAUCACACAAAAUAGUUGAUUGAAAAUAAAUUGCACUUUAAUUUUCUUGGCAUGAAAUUUAACACAUGUAGAAUUAAAUAAAUAAAUUCUCUUUUCCUAAACAGUCGAGAUGUUCACUCAUUAAAAAUAAAUUUGCUUUACAGCAGAGGUCACCAAUCCUGCUCUUGGAGAUCAUCUGUCCUUUACAACUCUUCCUGCUGCACUGCCAGCCAAACUCAGGAGUGCUCAGCCAAGCAAGAACCAGGAAAUGGCAGAUGUGACCAAACAGCUGUGGUUGCAGCAAGUUCACACGGAGAACCUGCGGGGCUGGUGAUCUCCAGGAUCAGGGCUGAUGGUUUCACAAACACCACCUCCAGAUUCCAUCUUUGUGAAGAUAAAUCUCAGCUUAAUGCACUUAGACUUCAGACAUUUUAAGGCAAAUGUUUCAGCA